GUCCCUCUCCUGUGUCGCCGCCUGGAGAAUAGUGAGUCCUACGUGUAGGGAUACGGGUAAUCUCGAAGCGCUGCAUCUCGGACGAAGCGCGGAGCUAUUUCGAUGGCUGUAUAUGGGGAGGAAGAAGAUUGGGGGAGGGUUGCGCAAACGCACUGGAGAGGCCUUGGGCUCACGGACCCAAUCAAAAGUGUAGAGGACAAAUGGCUUUUGCUUCCGGCCUUCCUCAAGGUCAAAGGACUAGUAAAGCAACAUAUCGACUCCUUCAACUACUUUGUCGAUGUGGACAUCAAGAACAUAUUGAAGGCGAAUAACAAGGUCACGUCGGACGUCGAUCCCCGCUUCUGGCUGAAGUACACGGACAUCGUGGUCGGCUUCCCCGACAGGACGGACGCGGACGCGAUUGACAAGAGCGUCACCCCUCAUGAAUGCCGACUCCGCGAUACUACAUACAGCGCACCAAUCUUAGUGACCAUCCAAUACACGAGAGGAAAGACUGUGGUUCGUCGAGCGAACGUGAACAUUGGUCGACUGCCUAUCAUGCUCCGAAGCAACAAGUGCGUGCUCACAGGCCGCAAUGAAGCACAGCUUGCUCGCAUGACGGAGUGUCCGCUGGAUCCCGGAGGAUACUUCAUCGUCAAAGGAACGGAGAAGGUCAUCCUCGUUCAAGAGCAACUGAGCAAAAACCGUAUUAUCGUCGAGAUUGACCCAACGAAGGGGGUUGUACAGGCUUCAUGUACAUCAUCAACGCAUGGUGGUCUGAAGUCAAAAACUUACGUUGCCACAAAGAAGGGCAAGAUCUACCUCCGCCACAACUCUAUUCACGAGGACGUUCCGAUUGCUAUCGCUCUCAAGGCCCUAGGCAUCCAGUCGGACAAAGAAAUUUUACUCCUCACCGCAGGGAACCACGAGGCGUACAAGUCUGCCUUCUCGCCAAAUCUCGAGGAAGCGGCGAAACUUGGAGUUUUCACUCGUCACCAGGCUCUCGAGUGGAUAGGCUCUCGGGUGAAGGUCAACCGGAGGGUAGUGGGUCCGAGGCGUCCCUCGUGGGAGGAGGCACUGGAGGCGCUCGCAACGAUCGUCCUUGCUCAUGUGCCAGUCCAUGGUCUCGACUUCCGCCCUAAGGCCGUCUUUGUGGCGACGAUGACCCGUCGCGUCCUAAUGGCCAUGGACGACGAAAAGAUGGUGGAUGACCGAGAUUACGUCGGAAACAAACGGCUCGAACUGGCGGGGCAGCUUCUAGCGCUUCUCUUCGAGGACCUCUUUAAGACGUUCAAUGCCAACUUGAAGGCUGCGAUCGACAAAGUCUUGAAGAAGCCGUCACGGACGAGCGAAUUUGAUGCGUUCAACACGAUGCAGUUUCAAGGGGAUCACAUCACUGCGGGCUUUGUGCGCGCGAUAUCCACGGGGAACUGGUCUCUCAAACGGUUCAAGAUGGACCGGGCGGGCGUGACACACGUCCUCAGCAGGCUGUCGUUCAUCUCGGCUCUCGGGAUGAUGACCCGGAUAUCUUCCCAGUUUGAGAAGACACGCAAGGUCAGUGGCCCCCGAGCGCUGCAACCCAGCCAAUGGGGCAUGUUAUGUCCGAGCGACACGCCAGAAGGAGAGGCAUGUGGGCUGGUCAAGAACCUCGCGUUGAUGACGCACAUCACCACGGACGUGGAGGAGGAGCCGAUCAUCAGGAUAGCGUUCAUGCUGGGCGUUGAAGACAUCAGUUUAGCGACCGGCGCAGAAAUCUAUGGCCCACACACAUUUGUAGUCAAUGUGAACGGCAGCAUCAUCGGCCUAACACGGUAUCCCGCGCGCUUCGUCAGUAAUUUCCGAAGACUACGGCGAGCAGGAAGAUUCAGCGAAUUCGUCAGCGUGUACAUCAACCAUCACCAUCGGACCGUACUCAUUGCGAGCGACGGUGGCCGUAUAUGUCGACCCAUGAUCAUAGUAGAGAAUGGGAGGCCGAAGGUCACGUCUGAGCAUAUCGCCCAACUCAAGCAAGGCCAGCUGACAUUCGACGACUUCCUUCGGAAGGGUCUCGUGGAAUACCUGGACGUCAACGAGGAGAACGACUCUUACAUCGCGCUAUACGAAAAAGACAUCGUUCCUGGGACGACACACUUGGAGAUCGAACCCUUCACGUUGCUCGGAGCCGUCGCCGGACUGAUUCCGUACCCACACCACAAUCAGUCACCCCGAAACACGUACCAAUGCGCUAUGGGCAAGCAAGCCAUUGGCGCCAUCGGCUACAAUCAACUCAACCGCAUCGACACACUGCUAUAUCUGUCAGUCUAUCCACAGCAGCCGAUGGUGAAGACCAAGACCAUUGAGCUCAUUGGCUACGACCGCUUGCCGGCCGGGCAGAACGCUACCGUGGCGGUCAUGAGUUACUCCGGAUAUGAUAUCGAGGAUGCGCUCAUCUUGAAUAAGGCUAGCCUCGACCGUGGCUACGGUCGAUGUCAAGUCUUACGCAAGAACGCCACCCUUAUCCGCAAGUACCCCAACGGAACGUUCGACCGCCUCGCCGAUGCGCCCUUGGACGAGAACGGCCAGGUGCAGAAAAAGUACGACAUCGUCCAGACGGACGGUCUCGCAGGCGUUGGCGAGCGUGUCGAUCCUGGGGACGUGUAUAUCAACAAGCAGACACCAACAAAUGCCAACGACAACUCGUUCACCGGUCAGGCAGCGACGGUCCCGUAUAAGAACACGCCCAUGACUUACAAGUCACCUGUUGCGGGUCAGAUUGAUAAGGUCAUGGUCACUGACACCGAGAACGAUCAGACGCUCAUCAAGGUGCUGAUACGGCAAACGCGACGGCCAGAGCUUGGCGACAAGUUUUCGUCGAGGCACGGGCAGAAGGGCGUAUGUGGCCUGAUUGUCAACCAGGAGGACAUGCCGUUCAACGACCAAGGCAUCGUUCCUGACACAAUCAUGAACCCGCACGGUUUUCCGUCCCGCAUGACGGUAGGGAAGAUGAUUGAGCUUCUGGCUGGCAAGGCUGGUGUGUUGGCAGGCAAGUUGCAGUACGGUACCGCGUUCGGUGGCUCCAAGGUCGAAGAUAUGUCGCGCAUUUUAGUGGAGAACGGAUUCAGCUAUGCUGGAAAGGACAUGCUCACUAGCGGCAUCACCGGCGAGCCCCUAGAAGCUUACGUUUACUUUGGACCCAUUUAUUAUCAAAAACUGAAACACAUGGUCAUGGAUAAGAUGCAUGCUAGGGCGAGGGGCCCGCGCGCAACGCUGACAAGACAGCCGACAGAAGGUCGAUCGCGUGAAGGUGGUCUCCGACUUGGGGAGAUGGAGCGCGAUUGUCUUAUCGGCUACGGCGCGACGCAGCUGCUCCUGGAACGGCUCAUGAUAUCGUCUGACCAGUUCCAGGUGGACGCGUGUGAGGAGUGCGGCUUGCUUGGGUACAAUGGGUGGUGCCCGUACUGCAAGUCAUCGAAGAAGAUGGCGCAAUUGACGAUUCCAUAUGCUGCAAAGCUGCUCUUCCAGGAGCUCAUGGCGAUGAACGUUGUCCCGCGGUUAGUGCUGGAUGACGCAUGAUGGGAAAAAUAGAAGCAGGAGAAGCUCCCCCGUUAACUUAUCCCCGUUCCACACGUCGUGUCAAGGUAGUAUUGCACAUCUGUAUUCUCUGCCACAGUGCUGUAUGACUAUUGCUCC